UGCGGAAGUUUCUGCUACGAAAUAUUUAGCUGUUAGCUGUUUACGGUCUGUUACGUUACAACUGUCUUUUUAAAAGAAUUGUAAAUAGUUUUAAGUGAAAAUGUGCAACGGUUGUGUGCAUAAAGAGUACCCAGACCGGGGUAACACUUGUUUGGAGAACGGCUCUUACCUGAUGAACUACGUGGGCUGCGCCAACUGCCAUCAGAGGGACUUCGUGCUGAUCAGUAAUAAAUCCACUGAGGACGAUGAUGGAGAGGAGAUUGUCACAUAUGACCAUGUUUGUAAAAACUGUGACCACGUCAUCGCCAGGCACGAAUAUACUUUCUCUGUUGUCGAUGAAUAUCAGGAGUACACUAUGCUGUGCAUGCUGUGUGGAAAGGCAGAGGACUCCAUCAGUGUGUUACCAGACGACCCCAGACAGUCAGCGCCUCUCUUCUAAACUGCAAAACACACCAGUUUUUAUACCGACUCUCACAUGCUGCUGACUCCUCGCUUCAGGGUUUCAACCAUUUUUAUCAUCCAGUUAGAGUUUUUAUCUGUCUGUAAUUGAGCACAUCAUACUUUGUGUCUACUCUUUGGCUGUUUAUGAACUACUGUAUGCUGAUGGCAGUUGAGCAGGAACUAUAACUUUUUAUGACCAUGCAUUAUGAUAAAUAUAUUCUCUAUGUCAGUUUACAGUGUAAUGUAAAUAAACAUUUUUACUACUAAGAAGUGUAUUUUCCUCUGGAUUUUACUGCUUAUUGGACGUUAUAUCUUCAGAUUACCGUGGAGCUAUAAAACUACAGAUAUUUUUCUAAAAUUAGACAUAAUUUGUUUAAAAAAUGUUUAAAUACUGAGGUUUUUAAACAUUUCCAGUGCAGCAGUAAAAAUGUUUGAACCUGCCUUUACCUGCCAAACUAAAUUUAUUAAUUUCUAAUAAAAACAGUUUUUCACACACAUGAACAAUGAUUAACCGGCUUAAUGUUUAGAGCAGGGAUGUCAAACAUGCGGCCCACAGGCCAAAACCGGCCUUCCAGAGAGUCUAAUCCUGCCCGGGAGACGACUUUAUAAAGUGUAAAAGUUACAGAGAAGACAACUACUAUUUGUAAAACUAUGAAAUGGUUUCCAGAUCAUGACAAGUUGUUUUGAUCAAAGUGAAAUACAAGAUUGUUCAUUGUUCUUUUGCCAUUUUUUUGUCUCAUCUUUGAAAUAUUUUUGUCCUGUUUUUGUUGUUUUUGUCUUUUUUUCGUCUGACUUUAAUCGUCAGAUUUGUCGUUUUGUGUUUCCCUUUAGUCUCGCUUGUGUUUUUUGUCUCAUUUUUGUCAUUUUGUGAUUGUUUUGUGGAUCAUUUCUGUUGUUUUGUUUCACUUUUUUCUCAUUUUUUGUCUUGUCCAUUUUUGUCGCUUUGUAACUUUUUGUCUAAUUUUUUGUCACUUUUUUGUAAAAAAUGUCAUUUUGUUUCCUGAUUUUUUUGUGUGACAUUUUUUAGUAUUUUUUUUUCUUUUUUAAAGUAAAAUACUAUAUUGUUCAGUUCCAUACACCUAUGACUAAAUAUUUUGUGCCUUUGUAGACACUCUGUGAUCUGUAAGUUGUAAUGUGUAAAUGAUAAACGGAGGCAUAAUGUUGUUGAAAUUGAACUUAUUUUUCUUAAGAAAUUUUAGGUUGUUCAUAUUGUUUUGUAGAAAGAUAGUGCCUUAUAUGUGAACAUUUUCAGAAUGUAUUUUUUGCACUAAAACAAAGGAAAACA